CUCGAGUGGCUCCGCCCGUUGGCGGCUCUCACGGUCUGUUGUGGAGCGGCGGCUUUGCCUUCCCUCCCCCUGGCGGCCGUGAAGAAGACAGGCUGAGGCUGAGGCUGGUUGUCCAAAAAGAUGAAGAUAAGCUGGUCUGCAUACGAUACAUUUGAAGCUAAUUUCAAGCCUUUGGUAGUAGUUCAGCUUGCACAAAAUACCAAAGAUGAAACCAAAGACUGGCUGGUUCAGAAGAUUGUAGGAAAGAAGAAGAAUGGAGGAGCUCAGCUUUUGGUUAAACCCUUGGUGGAGGAAGGAAAACAGAUAGAGGGAAGCAAGAACAUAUAUCUUGUUGGAGCAUCUCACUUAAGGCUGCUUCUAGGAGCUGAAUCUGUAGGAUUGGUUAAAGAAUGUAAUGAUAAUACAAUGAGAUCGUUUACAUAUACAUCUAGAACAAAUUUCAAAGAUUUUGCAGAGGACAAUUAUAAUUUCCUUACAAUGGCAGAAUGUCAAUACAUUAUCAAACAUGAACUUGAAAAUUUGAGAGCUAAAGAUGAAAAGAUGAUCCCUGGCUAUCCUCAGGCAAAGCUUUAUCCAGGAAAGUCAAUUAUGCGAAGGCUAACAACGAGUGGCAUUCUACUUCAGAUUUUUCCACUUCAUGACACAGACCAUUUAAAGAAACUUGGACAUAUAUGGUAUGAACAACUGAAAAUUAGAUACCAGCCUUUGGAUGAAAUUCGCUGUUAUUUUGGUGAAACACUUGCUUUCUAUUUUGCCUUUUUGGAAUAUAUCACAUUUGCUUUGAUUCCAAUGGCAAUCAUUGGGAUCCCUUAUUAUGUUUUUGAUUGGGAAGAUUAUGAUAAGUAUGUGCUGUUUGCAGCAUUCAAUCUGCUUUGGUCUACUGUUAUCCUUGAACUCUGGAAACGAUGUUGUGCUGUUAUGGCUUACAGAUGGGGAACAUUGAUGAUGAAGCGACAGUUUGAGGAACCCAGACCAGGAUUUCAUGGGGUUUUAGGUAUCAAUCCUGUGACUGGCAGAGAGGAACCCAUAUACUCUAGUUUCAAAAGAAAGUUACGGAUUUAUUUUGUUUCAGUCCCAUUCGUGUGCCUUUGUCUCUACCUCUCACUUCACAUAAUGAUGAUUUAUUUUGACUUGGAAUUCCAAGCACGUUUAUAUUAUGAAGAGAGCCAAAAUGAAUUAAGCGGCUUGAUAUUGUACAUGCCCAGCAUAAUUUAUGCUGUUGUGAUUGAAAUUCUAAAUCGAAUUUAUAGAUAUGCUGCUGAGUUCUUGACCUCAUGGGAAAACCAUAGAUUGGAGUCUUCAUAUCAGAAUCACUUAAUUUUGAAAGUCUUGGUGUUCAACUUCUUAAACUGCUUUGCUUCUUUAUUCUACAUUGCAUUUGUCAUAGUUGACAUGAAACUUUUGAGACAGAGCUUGGCAACUUUACUAAUAACUUCACAAGUCCUUAAUCAGUUUGUGGAAGCUGCACUGCCUUAUUGGCUCCAAAAAAGCAGGAAUAAAACAGUAAAGAAAAAGGUGAAAGCACUGGAAAUAGAUACUGAUAUGUCUUUAUUUGAACAAGUUAAUCUGGAAAAAGGAAUGGAUACUUACUCGGGCACUUUUGAUGAUUAUUUGGAGUUGUUCUUACAGUUUGGUUAUGUGAGCCUUUUUUCGUGUGUCUACCCUUUGGCUGCUGUUUUUGCUGUUCUAAACAACAUCACUGAGAUGUAUUCCGAUGCCUUAAAAAUGUGCACUGUUUUUAAACGCCCAUUUUCAGAGCCUGCUGCAAAUAUAGGUGUAUGGCAGUUGGCUUUCCAAACCAUGACUGUAAUCUCAGUUAUUACCAACUGUAUCCUGAUUGGCAUGUCACCUCAAGUAAAUGCACUUUUCCCAGAUUCAAAAUCUGAACUUAUCAUAAUUGUAGUGUUGGCAGAGCAUUUAGCACUAGUGGUGAAGUUUUUUAUGUCAUAUGUGAUUGCUGACAAACCCCAAGAUAUUGAAGUGAAAUUGGCAAGGCUAGAAUUUGAAUCUCUGGAAGCACUCAAACAACAGCAAAUGAAAUUGGCAGCAGAGUCUCUGAAAGAAUCCUAGGAUGAUAAACUGAAGAG